AGCACCAACCUCCUGAAUGCGUGCGUAAAAGACGAGUUUACCGAAACCGGUUGGCUGGGCUGUACGCACACAAAUGCACGAACCGGUGGAUGAACUUCAUGUGGAUAAUGGAUUAACGCAUCAGACAGAUAGCAAAGACGCAGCGCAUACUAUGAGCUCCAGAUGUCAAUGUAUUGGAAGAAAACACCCACCCACCCACGACGGAAUGACUCACAGUUUAAAGUAGUUGAAUAAGCGGGCGCCGGUGCGGACGGGGAGAUUCUGCGUGGGGUACUCGACUUGUUCCUGGUAUUUAAAGCUCCUCUAACUGUGGGUUUUAUGGGGAAGAGAGGCGUUGAGCUCGAGCCGCUAAACGGACUGACAGUUGCUGCGCGAGGCACUGGUGCCAGAUAUGGAUAGCGCGCGGGAUACCUCAGGACACUGGUGCGCAUCUUCAUAAAGUGCCAAACUUCGAGACUGUCGAGGCCUAUUAUCAUCUUCAUCUGUCCCACAUCAAAGUGUCUGACAAGCCCGGGACGAGCAAAACAACAACACUUCUUCCAGACCAAGAAGCGUAUUUAGGAAGACAUUUUGAGUAAAGUCUCCAAAGUACUUUUACAAUUCCCCACAGAGGAAGUGUUGAAGAUGCGUCUAGAGGUCGCGUGGAGAAUUCAGAUGCUGCUGGUGAUUUGGUCAACGCUUCUCGUGAGUUUGGGGACAGGGUUUCCAACCAGACACAAACACAUUGGCCACAAGGCUCAUGGCCACCAUGUCCAAGGCGGUGGGGCCCAGUAUGUACCUGAGACUUUGGAGCAGCAGAACCAGGUCCAAAGUCUUCUGCCUGAUCCCCAUAGCCACCAGAGGAGAUGGUCCCAUCCUCAACAUCGCUCAGUCGGUGUUCUUCCACAGCCGGAGCCUGAGGAGGAGACCAAGCCCUUCGUCCUGGAUCUCAAAAACUUUCCAGACCUCGCCAAUGGUGAUAUCAACUCUCAAAACCCCAACAUACAGGUAACCAUCGAGGUGGUGGACGACCCCCAGAUGGAAGUAGAGAUGGACCUGGCCAAUGAAAAAGAGUGGCUACCCUCCUCAUCCUCCUCCCCCUCCUCCACAGUAGAUUGGCUUGGCGGCAAGAAGCUUUUCUGGCCACUUUUCUGGAGUUACACAGAUUCAAGCGAAGACAGCAACAGUCGGUCAGGCGCAGAAGAAACAGGCGAGGAAGAGGAGGAAGAAGAUUACUCCCUGGAUUACGGCAGCGAGGAGCCCUUACCCAGCGGAGUGGGCGCAGACUGGGAUACGCACUGGAACGAAGGCUGGGAUCCAGUGCAGAGCUACUAUGAAAAAGAGGCGGAUGAGUGGACACCCUGGUCCCCCUGUUCAGUGACAUGUGGUCACGGUGAGAGGAAGAGGACAAAAUCAUGUGGCUACUCCUGCACACUGACAGAAGCCUCUAAGUGUGACUUAGAGCCUUGUCCUGGUGAAGUCAACACUGUGGCUGAGCCUUUUCCCUUUGAGAUGGAGAAUGGUACAGAGCCAUUUGGGACAGAUGUGGACAGCUGUGAGAAGUGGCUCAACUGUAAGAGUGAGUUCCUGCAGAGGUACCUCCACCAAGUCUUGUCUGAGCUGCCGAGCUGCCCCUGCUCCUUCCCCUCUGAGGUAGCGUACACUGUGGUCAGCAUCUAUGAUGAGAGUCAUGGCCGACAGUUCCGCUGGCGUGAUGCCAGUGGCCCCAAGGAGCGCUUGGACAUCUACAAGCCAUCAGCACGAAGCUGCAUACGAUCGACCCUUUCGAGUGACUCAUCUACUCUUGCAGCACAGCAUUGUUGUUAUGGCGUUGGCGGGCGGCUGAUCACUCGGGGGAAAGGCGCAGGUACGCCGAACCUGAUCAGCACAGAGUUCUCACCUGAGCUGCACUUCAAGGUGGAUGUGCUCCCUUGGAUCCUGUGCAAGGGAGACUGGAGUCGCUUCCAUGCAGUGCGGCCACCCAAUAAUGGACUCAGCUGUCCAGAAAAUCCGCAUGAAGACGUGUUCAUGAAUGAAUUGGAAGAGGCCAGAGAGUACUGAGAGACAACAGCCAAAACUACCACUUCACUCCAAGAGUCAAAGGGCCCAAUCCUAAUUUUAGCAGGGACUGCCAACCUUAAAAGUCAUGAAAUAUAAUCCUUGCACCAUGCAUUGAGGAAAUGCAGUUUUUUAAUUUGGAGAUUCAUGGGCUUUGGGUACGAUGGUGAAGUGUGGUUGUCCCAGGUUAGGAUUUGGCACAGUGUGCUGAGAUCAGGCUUGACUGAACUAAAAUGCAUUGCAAGAAUGGAAAAAAAUGCAGGGCUUUCCCAUCGCUUGCCAACCUGUUUCACAUCUGGCAUGACAUCAAGCUCUCUUUCUUUGUAUUUGGUUCACUCUUCUGGGUGCGUGUAAGCAGGAUGUCUACCUACUGGCUUUCUUCAUGGUGUCCUGGAGCGCUUGUGAUUGACAAUAACAACAUAUGGUAAACAUCCUGAUUGCGCUUCUUGUAGAUUUUAUAUUUGUAUGAAUGUAGGCUGGUUAUAUUGAUGAAACAAACACAUGGAUGGGAAGAGUCCAACAGAUGAUUAUGCCAACUAUGCUGCUACAAUAUAAAAUCCUUCAGGUUUUAAGAAGGUAUUAUGGGGACCAAGAUAACAGGACGUAAAUAAACCCAAAAGAUGCUUCAUGCAGUAACAGUAAUGAACAUUUCAGUCACUACAUUUAGUAAUUUUAGAAUUAUUUGGGCUCUUCACCAGAGGUAAACUGCUAUUGUUAUUAAGCUUAAUGAAUUAGAAUGAUUACAAAAUCCCUAAAGCAGUGGUAGUAAAGGAUCAUUACAUUUGAUGUCAAAUGUUUGUGUCUCACAGAUUGAUUUCAUGUAUUUCCUCACUUUCACAGUCAGGAAGAUGUAUUAUCUGGGUGCCAAAGAGUUAAAAUUGGACAGUUGGUGCCUCUGUAAAUCCAGUCUCCUUAGUCUCUACUGUUCAAAUGUGAUUAAAAAAGGAAAAAUGUAUCUCCAAGAUGAGUAGAUUGUGCAUAUAGAUGUUUCUCUAUAAUGUUCUCAGGGGGUCUAAAUUACCUUGCUAAACAUAUUAAUUCAUUUACCUCAACAGUGGAGCCCUAUACAAAACUAGAAGUGUUUUGGGGUAAGAUUACAGAGUACAGGACGUGUUGUCCAGAUCGGAAGUUAUAAGAAGAUAAUGCUUUCUAAAAGCAGUUGAGACCCUUAAAACUGAAUAGUUGCUGUUGAUUGUGGUUGUAGGAAGAUAUCAUUGCUGUUUAAGCUGUUGCCCUGGGUUUAUGUACAGAACUAGAUUGGAUAGAAAGAACCUUUCUGCUCAAACCAUAUUCCCAAUACUGUAGAUUGUGCAGUUGCAGCCCUUACAUGGAUAUGAUAGAAUACAAGUAAAGGCGAUAUGCUAGCUUUCACCUAUAAAAAAGUGUCAGUAUUUCAACCAAAUGUACAAUGGAAGACAUUGUAAAUGCUACUGUUUAUCCAUAAUCAGAACAGUCAUUGGUAUUAUAGCAGUGGUUGUGUUCAGCAUUUCAUUCAAAGCAGUGGCCUUUCUCUUAAAUGUGAUUGGAAAUACCAUAGGUUCCAGGAAUGCUUUUUCUAUCCAGUCUAGUUCUAUGAAUGUUCGCUCCAAAUCUUUUUUCAGGAAUUCUGCUUCCAGAUAUUUUUAUGCAAACAAGCAUUUACAUGUUGGAAUCACCGACUUUUAAUGGAAGGCACUUUAUUUAAGGUAUAUAUAAAAAUAUACAAAAGAUAUAUCGAUAUGUAUUCUUGUUUGCCAUUUGAUAAUGAGUAUGGUGUUAUUAUGAAGGGAAACUCGUCAGAUAUGCUGCAUUGUUCUACGAAAGUGCUUAUGUCAAGUGUUCUGUUGAGGAAAGCAUGAACUUGUGAUUUCUGAAUCUAGUAUUACAUAUUGUGUUGUACAGUAUUUAUUUGUCUAUUCUCUUUUUUUGUAAGUUUGCUGAAGCUUUGAAAUGUCUCUAUACUCAACAUGGUGCACUAAUGGGACUGAAAAAAAUGAAGGCAUCCGUUAUCAAAAGGGAAACCACUCGCCUCAUAUUACUUCAUACAGCAGCAUUAAGUGUGUGUGAUUUGUUCUACUUUGUACUGCAGUGCUCUAUGAAUAUGUUGUUGCAAUUAUACUGAAGAAAUAUAUAAAGACCUUGCAUUCAU